AUGGCGUCACUUGCUAAAUUUCAUCUUGCUGAGUGGAUCCACGAGAAUUCUGAGCAUGCGAAAUACAAUAUUGCAGGCAGUGCCGCUCCGAGCUUGACACUGCGCGAGCUGAUAUCACUGUCUGGCAGCCCGAGUGAAACUGAAGCUGCGCUCAAGUUUGAUGAACUACCUUUGGGCUUGGGCACCAAUCAAGGUUCUCUGGAGCUACGGACAAGGCUCGCAGCAUUGUACAAUGAAAAGAUUCAGCCUGAGAACUUCUUGACGACACCAGGGGCAACAGGCGCCAACCUCAUUGUCUUUCAGAGUUUUCUCAGGCCGGGUGAUCAUGUGAUCUGCAUGUAUCCUACAUACACACAGCUAUCGAAUUUGUCUAAAAGCAUUGGGUGUGAUGUUUCUCUAUGGAGACUUGACCCCAACAAUGAAUGGUGCCUCGAUAUGGCUGAGCUUCGUGUUCUUAUUAGGCCCUCCACUACUAAAAUGAUUAUACUAAACAACCCUAAUAAUCCCACCGGCUCUGUGCUUGACGCCAAAGCCCAGCUUGAAAUAUUGGAAAUUGCACAGCAACACGGCGUCAUAGUAGUUGCUGAUGAAAUCUUCCGACCACUAUACCACAACCGAAUAACAAUCCCAUCAUUCGUGGAGCAUGAGUAUACCAAAGUCAUUACAACUAGCUCAAUGAGUAAAGCAUGGGGCAUGUCCGGCGUCAGAAUUGGAUGGAUCGUUUGCCGUGACCAGGAUCUCACGGAUCUUAUGUCAAGCACGAAGCAAUACAUCGCUCAAGCCACAAGCAAUAUUGACGAGGCAAUUGCAACAGAGUGCUUGAGCCUUCGUUGUCGGCCAGCGAUCUUAAAACGACAUCUUGAGUAUGCACAACAGAACUUGGAGCUUUUAGAAGCCUUUGUUAAGAAGAAUAGCGACAUGUGUACCUGGAUACGGCCUACUGCAGGAGGGACAGCAUUUGUGAAGUAUCAUACUAUAAGCGGGGAUGCCAUUGAUGACGUCCAAUUCUGCCAAGACCUCCUGAAGGAUUAUGGGGUCCUGCUCAGUCCUGGGAGUAUCUGUUUUGGUGAGGAAACACCAGCCAACUGGCAGGGAUACGCACGAAUGCAUAUCACAGUGUCCCCGGAAAACAUGCAGAAAGCCCUUCUAAAGAUUAGUACUCUCCUGGGCGAGAAGCGCAAAACAGCAAAGUAUUCCUAG